AUGUGGACGCUUGAGUGUGAAGGAGAUGCUUUAGCACGCAAGAAAAUAUGGCUCAGGCCUGGCAGGGUGUAUCUGUUUGGACGAACAAAACCAGAACGGCGCCAACAAUUUCAAAUUAUUCAUAGGUCGAUCUCCAGACAGCAUCUGACACUCUCCGUGUCAACCGUUGAGCGCGGCGAGAGUAAGAAUGUACACAGCAAAUCAAGUGUCGUUCUGAAAGACGAGGGAUCCAAAUUCGGUACUGAAGUAGAUGGAGCCAGGGUCAUCCAAGACUCAAAAACACUGAAAGGAUCUGAACAUGUUUUCAGGCUCGGAAACUCGCUGGAAAUCUUCAAAUUGAAAUGGCAUCCCGUAGUCUUCACAUUCUCACUGUCUGCUAAAGAGACCAAGCACAGCAAGGAUCCACUUGCAGCAUACCGAGCACGCCUCGAGCACCUCGAUAUCAAGGUUACAGAACCCUUCGUCCCUGGAGUGACUACGCAUGUCAUAGCUGGCAAGAGAAAUACUGCAAAAGGUUUAUCGGCUCUUAUCAAGGCCAAUUACAUCGUUUCAGAGCUAUUUGUGCAAGCCGUUGAAGAAGUGUCCGCUCCGUCUGACAUGAACAGCGAAGAAGGCCUUUCAAAGUUGGAAGAGGACUUUGAUGCAAAUUGGCCGGAUGCACUUCAGUAUCUACCCGAUAAGAGUAGAGAGCCGUCUGAGCGCCCCGCAAAAGACUUCCAACCUCAACCCGAACGCGAGAAGGUCUUUGAGGGUUAUACCUUCGUCUUCUGCGACCAGACCCAGUUCGAUACUCUACAACUCCCCAUAACGAACGGCGCUGGGAAAGCAUUACUCUGCAGCGUAGAACCUGGCAUAACGACUUGUCAAGACAUCGUUAGAUAUGUGAAAACCGCUGCGGGUGAAAAGGGACUAGGAGAGUUUGAGGAUGGGAGUGAGGGCAAAGGUGUCGUUGUGGUCAAGUUCAGGGCCAAGGGUCAGUAUGUAGACUGGGCAAAAAGACUUGACAUUGAGGUGGCUCAAGCUUUGGAUCACCGCUUGAUCGAACAAUCGGAGUUCUUGAAUGCCAUUCUCGCGAAUGAUGCCUCCAUGCUCCGUAAACCUCUGCUACCAAGUGAAGGAACCCCUCCACCCAAUGGUAUCACUGAGCCACCGAGGACAACUUCAAAGGCAGCCAAGCAAAAUUCAACGAAGCCUAUGGAAGCGCCACCAAAGGCGCGAAAGCGCGAAGCAAUCGUAAGCCGCUUCCGCGGAUAUGGCGACAAUGAUAGCGAUGAGGAAUUUUCCAUCGGCGUAACAUCAGGUACUCUACCUUCUCACUCACAAGCUAAUGCUGAGGCGAGCGAGGUGCGGACACAACUUAAUCACAUUGGUUCUUUUUCCGACUCAGAAGAUGCAGAUCGAGGCUCAACAGCCAACGAUAACAAAGCUAGCAACAGCACAGUAUCUCGAAAGCGACCAGCUCCGGAUUCUCCCGCCGAAGCGGAGGAAGAUAUGGUAGACCAGCUGUUACCAGCCGCUACGGCAAUGAAGCGUCGAAGGAUCGAAGCAGAGCGUAACGGGACCUCACCCGGUCUCUCAUUCGAUGUGACCCCGCCUACUGAACAGCCGAAAAGGAAGCGACCUGCCAAGGAGGUCAAUAUCAAAGAAGCGGUCCGUGAGAGGAGGAAGGCGGAAGAAGAAGCUGCCAAACGCGAUGAAGAGAGCCUUCGGGAUAUCUUAGACGGUAUGACUGUCGAGCAGAUGAAGAACCUUGCCGUGGUGGAGGAGAUGGAAUUGCCUCAACGCCAGGCUCGCGCGCAAGCUACUUCUACCAGUCAAAACCCAAGAUGGAAGGACGAAUGGAAUGGGCGUAAGAAUUUCAAGAAAUUUCGACGCCAAGGCGAAGGCUCCCAACCUCAACGGGGACCACGAGUGAUGGUUACGCUUGAAGAAGUCAAGAAGAAAGACUAUGGUAUUGGGGAGGAUUAUUGGCUUGACAAAGAGAGCGAAGGUGCGAAGCGACGACGUAAAGAGAAGGAGCGGAAAACGCAGUCUCAAUCGCAUACGCAGCAAAGGAAUUCUCAGUCUGCUCCAAGCCAUGCAGCAGAAGUCCCGUCUGAGUUGGUGAUGGAUAGCCUAGCAAAUGCUUCCGAAACAGUCGACCUUGAUGCGCCUAGAACAACACGGCGUCAAGAGCAAACGCAGCAGCACAGCGAGAGUACUAGUACGGGCAGAAUUAGCACAGGCAAAUCCUCACAACCCUUGAUGGAGAAGAAAGGUGCUCGAAACCAGAUGCCAGCUUUACCAAAUGGGGCGAGAAAACGAAAGAAAUUCGCAGCUGCCAGAGACUCAGACAAUGACAGUGAGAAUGAAGACGAUGAAUUGCAAUUUCGUUCAGCAAAGAGAAUCAAAUGA